CAGAAGCAGGAAGAGGGAAGGUGGGAUAGCGGGAUAGCAAGGAAGGCUAACGUCCCAAACCUUUUGGAAAACUUGAGGUUAACUGUAAUGAUGGGAUCUUCAAGAUGGAAAAAUACAGUAGUAGUUAUACUCUCUGCCUGUAGCAUGUUGUUUACAGCAAAGGCAGACGAACAUGAGCACACGUAUUCAGAUAAAGAAGAAGUGGUUUUGUGGAUGAAUACAGUGGGGCCGUAUCAUAACAGACAAGAAACGUACAAGUACUUCUCCCUUCCUUUCUGUGCUGGCAACAAAAAGACCAUCAGCCACUACCAUGAAACCCUUGGGGAGGCAUUACAAGGCGUGGAGCUGGAGUUCAGUGGUCUAGACAUCAAAUUCAAAGAGGAAGUCAUGCAGACAACAUACUGUGAAAUUGAGCUGGACAAAGCCAAGCGGGAUGCUUUUGUCUAUGCCAUUAAGAAUCACUACUGGUAUCAAAUGUAUAUUGAUGACCUUCCUAUUUGGGGUAUUGUUGGAGAAGCUGAUGAGAAUGGAGAAGAUCAUUACCUCUGGACUUACAAGAAACUGGAAAUUGGAUUCAAUGGUGACAGGAUUGUUGAUGUUAACUUGACCAGUGAGGGGAAAGUUAAGCUGGUGCCAAACACAAGGAUUGCUAUGUCUUACUCUGUAAAAUGGAAGAAGUCUGAUGUCAAAUUUGAGGACCGAUUUGAUAAAUACCUCGACCCUUCCUUUUUUCAACAUAGAAUUCACUGGUUUUCAAUAUUCAACUCCUUCAUGAUGGUCAUUUUCCUGGUUGGUUUGGUGUCUAUGAUUUUGAUGAGGACGUUAAGAAAAGACUAUGCAAGAUACAGCAAAGAAGAAGAGAUGGAUGACAUGGACAGGGAUCUUGGAGAUGAGUAUGGAUGGAAGCAGGUUCAUGGUGAUGUGUUUCGACCAUCAAGUCACCCCAUGAUGUUUUCUUCGCUCAUCGGCUCUGGCUGUCAAAUAUUUUCUGUGUCUCUCAUCGUCAUUGUUGUGGCCAUGAUUGGGGAUUUGUAUACAGAGAGAGGAUCCAUGUUGAGCACAGCUAUCUUUGUGUAUGCUGCCACAUCUCCUGUUAAUGGAUAUUUUGGAGGAAGUCUGUAUGCCAAACAAGGGGGAAGGAGAUGGAUAAAACAGAUGUUUAUAGGCGCCUUUCUAAUCCCUGCCAUGGUGUGUGGUGUUGCAUUUUUCAUCAACUUUAUUGCAAUCUACUACCAUGCCUCUCGGGCCAUCCCUUUUGGCACGAUGGUCGCUGUAUGUUGCAUUUGUUUCUUUGUCAUUCUUCCCCUCAAUCUGGUUGGCACCAUUCUGGGAAGAAACCUGUCUGGUCAGCCCAACUUUCCCUGUAGGGUGAAUGCGGUCCCAAGGCCUAUCCCAGAAAAGAAAUGGUUUAUGGAACCCGCGGUCAUUGUUUGUCUUGGUGGAAUUCUACCAUUUGGGUCAAUUUUCAUUGAGAUGUACUUCAUAUUCACAUCAUUUUGGGCCUACAAGAUUUACUAUGUGUAUGGCUUCAUGAUGCUGGUCCUGGUGAUUCUGUGCAUUGUUACUGUAUGUGUGACAAUAGUGUGCACAUACUUUCUUCUUAAUGCAGAAGACUACAGAUGGCAAUGGACAAGCUUCCUGUCUGCUGCAUCGACAGCAGUUUAUGUGUACAUGUAUUCUUUUUACUACUACUUCUUCAAAACAAAGAUGUAUGGCUUGUUUCAAACAUCGUUCUACUUUGGCUACAUGGCUGUGUUCAGCACUGCACUGGGGAUAAUGUGUGGGGCUGUUGGAUACAUGGGAACAAGUGCCUUUGUGAGGAAGAUAUACACAAAUGUCAAGAUUGACUAGUUCAGUCAAUGAUAUUUGGACACAUGAAAGCUCUAAGGUUUUUUUUUUCAGGCAGGCAACACUUGUUUUCAAAAAAGUGAUUGUGGUAUCUUACCUUGUAUAGAUCUUACUUCAUUUUCUGGAUUAUUUGCAGUUAAAUGACAGAAGUGCACAGAGAAAAGGACAGCAGUGUUUAAUUAUUUUCUAAUCAGCUACUUCCAAUCACCCCUUUCCUGCAAUAUAACUAAGUUUCCAUGGUUCAUUUAUAUAUACUUUAACACAUUUUCUCCACUUUCUGGCAGAUGUCUCACCCACCAACUUUGAACAUAGUUUUAUUGAUGGAAUAAUGUAGCUCUCUUCAGUGAAGAGGCCAAAGUAUAUUGAAAGCCUUUAUUCUAUUUUAUGAGACUAUCGGAGAGUUGGGUUUGUGUUUGGAUCCUGUAAGUCACAUAUGAUGCAUCACACAUGUGUAACAUUUCCAUUGAUUAGAUGUAGUUAAAGUUCUAGUAACAUUUUAAUUCUGUUUCCAAUCUGGUUCAAAUUAACUUUAAAGUGACUCAUUUGAUCAUCAACCUUUCAUAACUGAACGUUACGGUUUCUUCAUGAGAAUAAACAAAAACUGGAAAGGUUUUGUGGCGGACAUGCCUACCAGUCUCAUUUAUACAUUUUCUCAUCUGCUCAAAGAUAAUAUAUGGAUGGGGUAUAUGUAAACAACCUUCAUAUUGUAUGGAUCUAGAUUCCCAGACUAUUUUGAUGUACAGAUGUGCUAAGGGGGGAAAGUUUUUUUAUAUUAUUAUUGCUAUUACUAUAUUUAGUCUUUUGGGGGAAAGGGGGGGGGUGGAGGCACUAUUAGGGAGGUUGGCUUUGUUACAUCUUGCCUGAAUUUGCAUGACAUUUUCUCCUUGACAAAGGUACUUCAGAGUCUCUUUUUGGGCCAUCAUUACAUCAUAACUUUGCCUAUGCCAUGUGCACUUCUUUAUCCGACUAGUCUUGCACACAGAUGUAGUCAUAACCAUGGGGAAUGGGAAGUCUUUGUAUGUUUGUGUUUUCCUUUUUUAUUGAUUUAAAGCUUUAAAAGGCUCUCCACGUUUUGGAUGGCUGAAUACCUUGAGCUGUCUUCAGUAUCAGUGACCUGAAUCAUUGUCGUGAAUGUCAUAAGAAAUGGCAAUCAUGCUGAUUUUCAACAAACGAUACUGCACAAAUUGAAGUCAGUGUAAAAUUAUUUAGAUGUUGUUCCCGAGAGUGCUACAUUGUGCUUAAAAUGUGUUUUAUAUUUCAUGUAAAUACAGUAGGUAUCUAAAAAAGGCUUUGCCAGUUUUAAGACAACAGUCCUGAUUGUUUCAUUUCUAUAUUCAUCUGGCAUUUUCCUUGGUUGGCAGGACAUUUUAAAACCAGAUGUGAACUUGUUGUAAAAAGAUGGAAAAUAAACCUAAUAUCUAUGUAUAUAA